AUGAGAUUUAUUCAGACGUUAAUAAAUGAGAUACUUUUGGCGGGUACAGUGUUACUCUUGCUUUUUACAGUUUUGAUGGGUUCUACGAACCACUUUCCUUUCAACGAUUUUUAUUGGCUUAAGGCUGACACAUCUUCUAUCAGAGGUGCGCCUAAUGAAUCUGCGUGGACUUUCUGGGGAGUUUGUAAUGUAAAUGACUAUUCCCUGUGUUCAUUGGGCCCGGCUUACCCAAUAUCCCCCGUUGACAACUUUAGUACUACAAGAAAUGUUCCCAAAAAAUUUGUUACCAACAGAGAUACAUUCUAUUACUUGACAAGGUUUUCUUUUGCAUUUUUGAUAAUUUCAUUAUGUUUUUCUGCAAUUGCGUUAAUAAUUGAUAUUUUGGGCUUCUGUUUCCUUAUAAUUGACUUCGUCGUUAUUUUUUUGAUCAUGGUUGCUCUUUUCUUUUUAGCUGCACUUGCUGCAUUUCAGACAGCUGCUGCUGUUUUGGCUAAGAAUGCCUUCCAAGAUGCUAAUCUCAGUGCAAAAGUUGGUCUUAAGUCAAUGGCCAUUUUGUGGGCAGCUGUUGUCUGCUUGGGCCUUGUUUUCUUGAACACUUUAUGGGCUAAUAUAUUGAACUCCUACCAGAAACAUAUGUCUAGGGUGAGAGCAUCUACUACCCAAGAGCCAAUUCCUGUCGAACAGUCAGGUCCUGUGGCUGACGAUUCUUCCUUUACCAGAUCUACGCCUGCAGCCCCUGAGACAAAAGAAGAUGGCGGUGGUAUUAGAUUCUUCAAAAUUAAGAGAAACCACAAGACUUCUGAUGAAGAGAGUGUUUAA